GUAUGGCAAGAAAAAAAAAACCACAAAGAAAAUUCAGUGUUGUUCUUUCUCUCGUACUGUUUGUUUGUGUUGUCUUUAGGAAGAAGAGAGAUCAAAGUGAUUGAUCUAAAAGCUUGAAUACAAAGUUGAUGACCAGUAAAACUAUAAGUUUUAAGCUUUAGGUGGAGAUCAUUUUGAGAAGUAGAGAGAGAGAGAGAGAGAGUGGAAGAAGAGGUGAAGGAGGAGAACUGGAGGAGGAACACAGCUGUGAUCCGCAGUGACCAAGGUUGGCAAAGUCUUUAAAAGAGGGAGAGGGGCCUGUCUCUUUUGUCGUUUUAUAUUUUCCCCCUUCUCUUUCUCUUUCAGUCUUUCUCUUUCUCUCUCACGGUUUUCGAUAUAUUCGGCGCAGCGCUUCGCUUCGCUUCAGCUCUUUUAGGGCCGCCUUUUUCUCCUUUCUUUUUCCCACCCUCCUUUUUGUUUUUCUUUCUUUUUAUUCUUUGCUUGUUUUUUUGUUUUUUCUUCACUAGCUUCUGGUAUCUUCUCGAGAGUCUUCUCUUCGCGGUUGCUUAAUGCGCUCUUUCUUUCUCUCCCUCUCUCUCCGUUUCUUUCCAAGGAUUGUUGAUCACCAAUCAUAGCCCUCACCUUUUACUUUUUAAGAAUGAGAUUUGCUUUUCUGAAAAACAAAUCAAAGGAUUUGCCGGCAAUUUAUCAAAUUUAUGCACUGCUGCUUAAUCUCAGGUGAUCCAAUUUCAGUCAUUCUUAUCCGAAACAACAAGCACAAGGAGCUCGUGAUUCCUGGAGGCUUGGAGAGUUCUCUAGGGAUGGGAUAAUGGCAAUUUGAAAUCCUUUUCGUCUAGCUCGCUCGUGACUCAUCUCUUUUCUUCAUUCGGAUAAGCCCUAGCACUCCAACCGGACCGCCUUGUUUCAUAGUCACGACGAAAUGGGCCUCCUUUCACAGUCCAUUGACGAGAUCGUUCAAGAGAUCAUGACAAUUCACCGUUCUCUUCCUCCAAGGCCCUGCAUCGAUGAGGUGGAGGCCGCCGUUGUGUUGGUGCGCAAUGUGGAGCAAGAGGAGCAGUCCCGGAUCGACGCCAUUGCCAGGCAGAAGAAAGCUUUUGAGGUCCCUGACGAGCUCUUCUCUGUUCUUCAGGAGAUGCAGAGGAGUUUAGUCUUCUUUCAGUGCAAAGAACAGAAGAGAGAGGCUGUCAAGCUGCUCGAUCUGGAAAACAUUCAUCAGUUGUUUGAUGAAUUGCUUCAGAGAGCCUCAAGAUGCGUUCCUUCAAGCUCAAAUGGGUCCUCAGGCUCGAUAUCUAUGAGCAGUACCUCGACCGUCACUGCCUCCAGUUCGCAUACUGGUUUUGAUUCAUCCAGCAGUACUGUUUCAUCAGCAUUGUAUCCGGAGAGAACUGUAACCAGAGUGAGGAGCUUUGAGCAAGUUACUAGGGAUGACAGUUAUCUGGGGAAAAUGAAGUCCACAGUGUACACUGAUGGAAAUGGUCUUGAGUUGAACAAUAAGCCUCGAGGAGGGCUCUUGGUCAAUUCGACACUCAAACCUUCUGCUAUUCUUCCUCCUCUUCCUACUUCUGGAGGAAUAGGCAAUGAGAAACUGAGUCUGAUUAAAGUAGCUAGUGUAAUUGAGGUUUCAUCAAAGAAAGGCACCAAGGACCUCAACCUUCAGAACAAGCUGAUGGAUCAGAUUGAUUGGUUGCCUGAUUCAAUAGGAAAGCUUUCUGAUCUUGUCACUCUUGACCUCUCAGAAAAUCGUUUACUUGCGUUGCCAGUGACAAUUGGUACUCUUUCUUCCUUAACGAGACUGGAUCUGCACUCUAAUCGGAUAGCUGAACUUCCUGAUUCUAUUGGAGAUCUGCUCAGCCUGCAGUAUUUAGAUUUAAAAGGAAACCAAUUGACAAAAUUACCAUCUACGAUUGGCAAAUUAGCAAAUCUUGUGGAACUUGAUAUGAGUUCGAAUCAGCUGUCUGUGCUAACUGAAGCCAUUGGCAGGUUAAUCAGCUUGAAGAAGUUAAGUGUUGAGACAAACAAUCUAGAAGAACUUCCGCAUACUAUCGGUAAUUGUGCAUCUGUUGUGGAGCUCCGAGUUGAUUAUAAUCGUCUAAAAGGCCUUCCGGAAGCUGUAGGAAGGCUUGCAUCUUUAGAGGUUCUUUCUGUACGGUAUAACAAUAUCAAAAGUCUUCCAACCUCUAUGGCAUCUCUGUUGAAACUGAAGGAGUUGGAUGCUAGUUUUAAUGAGCUUGAAUUGAUACCUGAGAGCUUAUGCUUUGCAACAAACCUUGUCAAGUUGAAUAUUGGAAAUAAUUUUGCUGAUCUUCGGUCACUUCCACGGUCCAUUGGCAAUCUUGAGCUGCUGGAAGAAUUGGAUAUAAGCAACAACCAGAUCAGGGUCCUUCCUGAUUCAUUUGGCAUGCUCUCACACCUGCGUGUGCUGCGUGCAGAAGAAAACCCUUUGGAAGUGCCUCCUAGGCAUGUAGCUGAACUGGGUGCACAGGCUGUUGUGCAGUUUCAUGGCUGAGUCUGUCGCAGAUCGGGAUGCUAGUAAAACACAGACAGUGAAGACCAAGAAAACUUGGGUCCAAUGUUGUUUUCUCUCCAGGCCUAACAAAAGGAAGCAUGAUAUCAUUGACCAUGUGAAACCUUGAUCUAGCAGAUUCCAAGGUGAGCAAAUGACAGAGCUUAUGAUUAAAUUGUCAUUAGCUGUUUGAAAUUUCUAUUUGGCAUCAGUAAGUCCUAUUUGGCAUAGACGCAGGGUUUAUCAUUUUCAAAGUCAAUGCUCUUCAUGCGGACUUCUUCUGAAUAUGGCUACCGAUGGCAGUAGGAAUGUUGUAGUUUUUGCCCUUGCAAAUCCCUCUUUCCUGCUACUAUCGAGAUGUGUUGUUUCACGUGUAUAAUAUUGUAUGUUUUAAACUUGAAUGAGGUGAGCCACUAUCAUUUGGCGGCAAAUAGAGAGGACAAAAUAUGCAUUCUUUGGAUUCACUCUUUUUUUCUUUUUUUUUGAAAAUAUGUAUUCCAAUGUUUAAUGAAGUGCUUUUAUCAGAACUGUGGAUUAUUGGUGUAUAUGAACUCUUGUAUUAGCUUUACAAUGAAGUUUUCAGAUGCUUGUCUGUGAAUAAAACGUCAUUGUG